AUGCAGGGUUGUAUAACUCUUAAAAUAAACUGGUAUUCCGGGGCGAACUUGUCAACCCUGGGUUUGAUCAGCAAUUCGUUUCGUGAUGAAAUUCUCAAUUUAUAUAUUCACAACUUAUCUUUAGUCAUCCACAAUGGAAUUUGCACAUACUAUUUUCAGAGUAGCAUUGUCUGGGGACCCCAGUAUGUUACUACAAAUUUUAUCUGGGGAUCCAGGUUUGGCGAAUCUUCCUGA